AUGUCGUUCAUGUCACGUGGAGUCGGAGAGCUGCGUGAUGGGUUUCGUAUUUUGCGACAACGAGCUCGAAGCCUGCGACCAGCGCGUAGGCCACACUCUUCCCUUGAAGCUCCAGUGCGCCCAUGCCCAGACAUUAUUUGCAGCCAGUGCGAAAACAGGGAUACAGCUCUUUCUGCAAAUGCACAGGUGAUGCAGCGUUCCGAUUUGUCUUCAGUGGCAUCUCACACAUCCGAUGAGCAGAGCUCGGCUCAUAGGAUUUUCCUCUCACCGCAAACAAAAAGGUGGGAGAUCACCACAAGCGUCAUCGGUAGUUCUAGCCAUCCGAACGCACUGAAAAAUCACGAGAAACGAGCUGAUUACUCUCAGACCAAGCCAGAAAUCAGAGAUACUGUGAAUGAAAGAAAGGACAAGGGCUCAUUUGAGAGAUUGAGCCCCGUGGAAGAGUGGUCGAGUGGUAGCCGAGACAGUCCUCUUCUUGAGAUGAGCCGAUACGACAACGUCCCGUGUGCUGGUUACGAGUGCACCAAGAUCGAGUCAUCAACAAAACGAUAUCCAGUUCAUUCACACUAUACGAUGAAAACGAACGGAGUAUAA